CGCAACGACAACGAUUGCCAAUUAUGCUCUGAAACGAAAAUAUUAGUGUUCAUUUUUUAUCCGUUUACAAAUCGCGUAGUGAUAAGCGCCGAUUACGUCCUGUUCUAAAAAAAAUCCGUCCGUGUUCGCCGACAAGUGCAUGGAGAUGAGACCGUCGCGCGGCGGUCGGUGAAAGUGGUUUGUGAUUUUUGAUCGUGUCUUAGUAAGUGCAAGUGUGUGAGGAUGGGCGUGGGGCUCCAGCCGCUGGAGUUCACGGAGUGCCUGGCGGACAGCCCGCACUUCCGCGAGAACCUGCAGCGCCACGAGAAGGAGCUCGAGCGCACCAGCCAGCAGAUCAAACGCCUCAUAAAAGAAGUCAAGGAUGUCGUACAAGCUGCCAAACGUUUGGGCGCGGCGCAGCUGGCGCUGGCGGGCAGCAUGGAGCAGUUCGAGUUCGCGUGCAUCGGCGCCUCCAUGACGGAGGACGAGCGCGCCAUCGGUCACUCGUUGCAGCACUUCGCACACCUCAUACGCACCGUCGAGGAUGAACGAGAGCGCAUGGUGAGUACAAGGGAUCAACAAGCAGCAGAAUCAGCGGGUUGUCUAUUAUUAAGUAAUCCUAUCAACCAAUAA